AUAAAGCCAAACAGACAACCAGAUUUCAUGGAUUGGUUAUUUUCCCAGGAUUACUCAGCUUGGUCUAUAAGAGAGCGCAUAUUUUCUAGCAACAUUAUAAGACGCCGUUUAAAACAUUAUUAACUUUUGCAGGGUAUACCAGCCACUACCAAACGUAUUAAUUUCAGAUCCAAAAAUCGGUCAUGUUUAACCCGCUCGGUGCAGCGUUUGUUAGCAGCCUGCUGUUAAUUUUCGGUAUUCUUGCAUCACCGGGUUUUGUAACUGGCGAUACCGACAGUAAAGAAAUCUUCCGCGAUGAUUUUAACGGCACACUGCUGGAUCGGCGAUGGACGGUGACGGACCAGACGCUGCCUCCGUCCACACUGGCACCGGACGAUCGUCAAAACAUCCGCAUAGAAGGCGGUGCGCUGCGGCUGGAGGUUGGUACAAGACGCAGCGGAGCCGGCGUGUUGCGCACUCCACGUUACGUCAACACGAAAUUCGGGUUCCAUUUCAAAUACGGUGUGCUGAUCAUCCGGGCCCAACUCCCGCCAGAGAAGACCUUACUGCCUUGCGUGUUUUUGUAUUCCUGUACAAUGCUAGCUGGGUUUCGGUGCGCAGUUCCCGCUGUGCCCAGCGUAUUCAUUGGAUUACCCACCGCACGCUGGCGUAUUGUUGAGGGAGUGGUGAACUACUUAGACAGCAGUGGAAAUACAUCGAGUCAUGCUAGUCAGUUUACCAGUGACCGAAAUCUAUCUGUCGAUUAUCACGUAUAUACACUGGAAUGGACAAGUCAGCAGCUUAUCUGGUAUGUGGAUGACCAUUGGGCUCUGAAUUUGACGGUACCCGGAUUGGAUACGUGGCCGAAGAUGUACCUCGGAUUGGGCAUAAUGCACACCGACGGGAACACGAGCGCAAUCAACGAAACGUUACAUCCAUUUCUGAUUGACUCCAUUGUUGUCAGGCAGCCUCUCAAGCGACACCUACCAAUAAGCAGCACCGUCCAGCGCGGCGUUGUGGCAACGGUGACGCUCUCCACGGUUAUUCCAGCCGUGGUACUAGCGGUUGCGUUAGUCAGUGGCUAUCUAAUGUGUCGACACCGACGACGCCGUUUACAGCAUGGUGAUAUGCUGCAUUUUAGCCGGCAUUUGGGUUGCCUGCAGAACACUCAAUUCAGCUGUGGUUUCGACACGGAACUGCUUACCAUGGAUGUAGCGACAGAACGCUAUGUUCGUCAGCUGGAAAUUCCUUUAGCCCAACUGCAGCUAUCGGAUAUUGUGCUAAACAGCAGCGCAGCUUACAUCAUCCGAAAAGGAAGCGUCUUCAGGAUCCAUCAACAACCAGAUGCUGAUAGCUUGAUUGAAAUAGCGGUAAAAAGUGCCCGAUCAUCGACAAGUACCGGCCAACUGCGCCGGUUAAUUCACGAACUAGAAAUCAUGGCGAAAGUCGGACGCCACCUGAACAUUGUCAAUCUGCUUGGCGUAGUUAUAACAGGCGAUAUACGGAUGUUGCUGGAGUACUGCAAGUACGGACCAUUAACGGAUCUUUUACGAAAAUGGUCACACGAAGCCAGUGAACCACAAUUAAGUUCAAUUCAGUCAGCCAAGCCAAAUUACGACGGUAGCGUCGGCACGCUUGAAAUCGCUGCCUUUGAAAUCAGUAGCGAAGAGGAAGAACCGGCAUUCUCGACCGAAAUUCUGGUGCAGUUCGCUUACCAGAUCAGCCGCGGUGUGGAGUAUCUCCACAGCCAGUUUAUUCUUCACCGCGAUCUGGCGGCGCGGAAUAUCCUAGUACACAGCAACAACAUCGUCAAGAUCUCGCAUUUCGGAAUGGCACGGGCAGGCAGUGAAUUCGUUGUACACGAUAUGCAGGAGGCGUUACCCGUGCGCUGGAUGCCACCGGAAGCCAUCGAGAACGGAGUGUUUACGCCCCCGUCAGACGUGUGGUCAUUGGGCGUGGUUCUCUGGGAAGUGUGCAGUCUGGGCGCCGUACCAUAUGCCGGUGUUUCUGCCAUUCCGCAUCGCACAGUCUCCGCUUUCCUUUCAGCGCUGCAGAAUGGAUUACGCUUGGAGAAACCAGCACAGUGUUCCGCGAUAAUGUAUGAACUUUUAAGGCAAUGCUGGGCACUCGCACCGAACGAGCGCAAGACGUCCUCUUGGUUAGCCGAGCAACUCCGCAACAUAGUCGAGACCGAAUCGGAAGAAGCAUACUUACGAUUAAGUUACUCUUACGUUCAAUUCAAUGAAACCUGCCGAGAAUACCUAGCCAAGCCUUGAAAGGUUAUUUUCAGGAAGUUUAAUUUCAAAGUUCCGGAGAUUAUUACCCGUAGAAAAAAAAAACCGUAUGACGGGUUUUUUUGUAUUUUAAGGUACGGUAGCAGUCAAGUUUUGUAUUUUAAG